GGGCUAUCUGAGCACCAUUCUGGUGCCAGGACCUGGUGGGGAGCAAAGUACAGCGGAAAGGAGGAAACCUGGGGGAAUGCAACAAAACAACAGGAUUCAUACUGGAUAUAUACUCCAUCGAUUAGCUAUGGCUACUAAAACAGAGCAGUAAGACCUUACGUUUUCUGACAUGUCGCAGCAGAUAGGUAGCUAGCUGUUCUUGGAUCCUCACAUCGAAGUGUUGUCUGAAGAAGUUUAAAGCUAAAGCGACAGGCUAAGGCUAGCCACUGUUAACACCGGGCUGUCUUCUACCACUGACAUAGCCCUACACAACAAAGACAGAAAACAUGGUGUCCUGGAUGAUUUCGAGAAGCGUUGUGCUUUUCUUUGGGACUCUGUAUCCUGCUUACUACUCUUACAAAGCUGUCAAGACAAAAAAUGUCAAGGAAUACGUGCGAUGGAUGAUGUACUGGAUUGUGUUUGCCCUCUACACUGUGGUGGAGACCAUCACUGACCAAACACUUUCAUGGUUCCCUCUGUACUACGAGCUGAAGAUAGCCUUUGUGAUCUGGCUGCUGUCCCCUUACACCAGAGGAGCCAGUCUCAUCUACAGGAAGUGUCUGCACCCCCUGCUGUCCUCCAGAGAGCGGGAGAUCGAUGAGUAUAUCGUGCAGGCCAAAGAGAGGAGCUACGAGACCAUGGUGAACUUUGGGAAGCAGGGCCUGAGCAUUGCAGCCACCGCCGCCGUGUCUGCAGCCGUCAAGGGUCAGGGUGCCAUCACAGAGAAGCUGCGCAGCCUGAGCAUGCACGACCUGACGCAGAUCAGCCAGCAGGACGACCGAGUGGACCAGCUCUACCAGUACAGCUCCCACUCUUCCAACCCUGCCGUCAGGAGGUCCCAGAGCACUGACGCUGCUGACGGACCAGACUACUACUAUGCCGAGGAGGACAGGAGUGAUGAAGAGGCAGAGCCCACCUUCUCCGAGGACGAGGCGGUCACUCAGAAAGGACUGAGGCGGUCUCAGAGCGUCAAGAUGACCCGCUCCAGAGUCCGCAGAGACGCUCGCUAUGGAUCCCUGAAGAUUAAAGGCAAGAAGAGACCAGCACUGAGCUCCGUUAACUAUGGAUUAUGAGAAGAAUAACACACACACACACACACACACACACACACACACACACACACACACACACACACACACUGCUCUGACAGUCACUCUGCUGAACUCUUUGAGCUUCCUUCUGACAUAUUUAUUUCUUGAUCAUCCAGAACCAGUGGCUCUCAGAAAACCUCUGUUUUUGUGUUUGGGUGGAAGGCGUACAUCUGUGCAUCUUAUUUUUGUUUAGUAAGAUUUGUAGUUGUUUAAGUGUUAUAUAUGUGUAGUCUUUGAGCUUUUUAGAAUUUUUACAUUUCCAUUUUAUCCACGUUUUGUGGUGCCACUUUUAGGCAUCCUUAAACUCAUUAAUGGCUUAACUAAUAUUUAAAUAUUCAAUGGAUGAUUUGAACAAUUUUAUAUAAACAUGUACAGCUGCUGAUUAUAACACAGUCAGAACCAGGAACUCUUAUUAAAAGAGAAACAUUAUGACCACAAAAAGACCAAAAACAGUAGAAAGAGGGGAAAUAACCACAAACCAAAAAUAACUAGUCCUAAAGAAAUUUGAAAAUGACCACAAAGACACUAAACCACAGAGAUGCUUAACAACACAGAGAGGAUAAACAACUACAAAGUGUGUGUGUCUUGCUAUUAAAUAGGAUGUUUUGGGGGCUUUUGUAUGUCUGAUCCCAGGGGCCCAUAACUGGUGAAGAAAAGUCAUUCUUUUUAAAUACAUGUUUUACUGCAAACUUGAUACACAGAUGAACCUAGCAAUCCAAAUAACAUGUAUAUUAAUGUUUUAUAAGUGAGCUAAUGACAUUACUUUAUUACCCAUUUAGAAAAUCAGCUGUGUUUUAUCUUUAAACGCUUUCUAGAGAGUACUGCAUUGCUCUGCUGCCUUUCUGGGUAUUAUCAAUGAGGAGCUAGCUGAAGCUCUGACACUAGUGUCCCUCACUACUGUACUGCAGGAGCACGGGCAGGCUCACACAUUCCUCAUCCCUGCAGAGCACCAGCCGCUGAGUAUGAUGUUACACUGAGCAGAGAGCGGGUGGAAUGAAUCAGAGUAAGCGAAUGAAGUGAGUGGAACACCAGCAGCUGAACACUACACCUCAUCACUAGUCAGGAGAAAGAAAGGGAAUGAAUAAAACAGGUUUCAUCAGCAAGUUUAUUGAAUUAAUGAUUAUUUUCCUGCAUUUACUCAUGUAUUUUUGUAUGACUGUGUGUCCUGAACACACUCCUGGUUGUUAAUAUCAAGCUGUAUCUUUGUGUUUGAAGAGUGUGUGUGUUAUGUUUGGAUCAAAAGGAGUCUUUUUCUAUAGUAACCACGUGUUUUUGCACAUGUACCUCCUCUUAAACCUUGUUAUCAAUGCUGUUGUUGCUUGUCAUCUCAUUUUUGUAUGUACUUCGCUGUAGGCCGCACAGCACACAAUGAGUUUAAUGCUAAUGCUAGCAUCCUCUCGUCACAUGUUACAGUUUGGCGUGUUUUUAUCCUCCGGUACUGCCGUCAGUGAUAAAACGCUCAGGAGCUGUGGCUAAAGCCUUUCCCUAUGAACUAAUCGAAUACACACAAAUGAACCAUUAAGGAAUAAUCAUUUAAACAUGCCGAUAAGCACUUCAUCAUGGCUGUGUUACACAUUUCACAUGUUUGGAUAAAGGUGUGCGUUCACGCCAUGCAGGCAUGGUUGGAAUGCCUUCCUCCGCAACACACAAAGCAUUGUCUUAACGCCGCGUUGGAGGUGUGUGUGUGAUCAAUACGACAGCAGUGUUUAAAUCACUAACAAGCCAAACUUGUCUCAUGUCAGGAUGUCCAUGUAACGCUCAUACCUGAAUACUGAUACCAAAGCUUCUCGUACUCUGAGCUGUGGGACAGUUUUUAAUCUGUGUGGGGAAAUGUACGGUGUGUGGAUUGGACAUGAAACUAAAUAAAGGAUGUUUGAAUACA